CCUUUGUUUCCUGCUUCCUGCUGCCGCUUUCACUUCACGCGACCGCCCGACUUUCUUUGUCGCCGAUACCGAUACCUUCGCCGGCGCAUUCAUCUUCUCGCCCAACUUCCCAACCCAUUCAAGAAACGUUCUCGUAACGAACGAUCCCCGCUCUCGAACUCGACAUUCGACCCUCCCUACGCCUGCACCGCGAUCAUGGCGGAGCAAGAAGAAGACUUCAGCUCUUUGCCGAUAGCUGACCGCUUCGGCCACAAGGUCUGGAAGGUCAGAAAAGCAGCCUACGAAGAUGCCGCCAAGCAGUUCUCCGUGUCAGCCUCCGAGGACGACCAGUGCUUCCGACCGUUUCUCAAUGACACCGGCCUAUGGAAGGCUGCCGUCACCGACUCCAACGUCGCCGCCCAACAGGAGGCCAUCAUUGCAUUGGGCGCCUUCCUAAAAUUCGGUGGACGAGAUCACUGCCUAAGGACACGGAAUCACACCAUUACGCCCAUGGUCGAAAAGUGUCUCUCCUCCACCAGAGCCGCUACCAAGCAGGGUGCUGUUGAGGUCCUGCUCCUCUAUAUCGAACUCGACGUCUCCGCUCCUGUCAUCGAGGAUAUUCUACCUGGAUUGGCCAACAAAGUCCCCAAGAAUGUGGCAGCGACACUACAUGCCCUCACCCAGAUUUUCCACAACUACGGCUGCAAGAUCGUCGACCCCAAGCCGGUUCUCAAGGCCCUGCCAAAGGCUUUCGGUGCCGCCGACAAGAACAUCCGAGCCGAAGCAACAGCCCUGGCUGUGGAACUGUACCGAUGGCUGCGGGAGGCCAUGAAGCCCAUGUUCUGGGGCGAACUGAAACCCACGCAGCAGACCGACUUGGAGGCCCAGUUCGAAAAGGUCAAAGCUGAGGCACCCCCAAAACAGGAGCGACUACUCCGGUCGCAGCAAGAGGCUAUUGCCAAUGCCCCGGCUGGGGGAGAAGAUGAAAUGGAGGGUGAUGACGAACCCGAGGAGGUUGAGGAGGUGGAUGCUUUUGAUCUCGCCGAGCCCCAAGAUAUCAGCAAGAAGAUCCCUCCUAACUUUAGCGAUAUGCUGGCAUCGUCAAAGUGGAAGGACCGCAAGGAGGCGGUCGAUGGCCUCCACCAGGCCCUCAGCAUUCCCCGAAUCAAGGACAGCGAUUUCAACGAAGUCAACCGAGGAUUGGCCAAGUGUAUGAAGGAUGCCAACGUAGCCGUCGUUACCCAGGCCGCGCUGUGUAUCCAGGCUUUGGCAUUGGGCCUACGGAAAGGCUACGCCAAGUACAGGACUACUGUUAUGCAACCCAUCAUGGAUCGUCUGAAGGAAAAGAAGGUAACUGUUUCUGAUGCUCUCGGUGCUGCCCUUGAUGCUGUUUUUCUGUCGACCGACCUCACCGAGUGUCUUGAGGACAUCACCACGUACCUGGUCAACAAGAACCCCCAAGUCAAGGAGGGGACUAUGAAGUUUUUGAUUCGAUGCCUGCGAACGACACGAGAUGUGCCCAGCAAGCCCGAAAUUGUCACCCUCUGCGAAGCUGGCAAGAAGCUUUUGUCCGAGUCGAGCCCCGCGCUUCGAGAUGGUGGUGCCGAAAUCCUCGGUACCAUCAUGAAGAUCAUUGGUGAACGAGGCAUGACACCUCAGCUUGAGGGUCUCGACGAUAUUCGAAAGAACAAGGUCAAGGAGUUCUUUGAGAUUGCCGAGGUCAAGGCCAAGGAGAAGCCCAAGCCGAAGCCUCCCCCACCAAAGGCAGCCCCUCCGCCCAAGAAGGUGAUGGGUGGGAAGAAGGUCGGGGCCAAGAAAGCUCCGGCAGCCGCCCCUCCCCCUGCCGAACCCCUCUCCCCUCAGCCAUCAUCUCGACCUGGUCCUGCUAGGAUUGGAAUGCCGAAACCGGGUCUUAGUGGACUGAAGGGUCCCCAGAAGCGAACCCUAGGUGGCCCCGGCGGCGCCGCUUCUCCCCGUCGGGCCCCUGGAGCUCCUGUCAUGCCUUCAGACGACGAGCCAGCACCUCCACAGCCACGCCUCGGCCUCUCCCGUGGGCUGGCCGGGCGGUCACUUGCGAAACCUGCGGCUGCCCCAGCUCAAAUGCCUCCUGCUUCACCGCCGCCGUCAAGCGGAUUGACUGCUGUGGAGCGAGCUGAGCUAGAAGAGCUCCGUGCUGCUAAUGACCGACUGACCCGCCAGGUUGAUGAAAUGAGACAGGAGCGCAGCAAGUUCAUGUCAGAGGUCCAGGAGCUCAAGAAUCAGAAUGCCGGAUUAAUCGAGGAUCACACCAGGGAUGUAUUAAGCAUCAAGGCCAAGGAAACACAACUUGUUCGCGCCCGAAGUGACGCGGAGGCUACCGAGCAGGUAAACGACCGACUGAGGCGAGAGCUGGAGCGACUUAAGAAGGCGCUGAGCCGAGCCGAAGGGUUGGGUACGUCCCCGAGUGGCAUGGGCAGUCCUCGUAAGAUAACAUCUGGUACUCAUAUCCUCGCUGAUACUGACGGGUCCUCCCAAGGUAUCACAUCACCAACUCACGAUGACGUCUACCGAGACCACAGCUCUUCUUCGGCUAAUCGCCACCGAAUGAGCAUCACGAGCUCCAUGUCAGAAGAAAAGGAGAACGGAGAGAUGAUGAACCCCCGAAGCAAACUGAGCCCUGAGAUGAGAUACGCUGGCAGUAAUCCAUCCUCAGGGCGUGGCUCUCCUGCUAGAGGCUUUAGGAGCGCAGUAUCUCACCGGGAUGACGACCACAGCUCGGGGAUGUCGCAACGGCCCAUGUCGUCGUUGCCACAGCCAGCAGGCAACGGGGUGGAGAGUUGGAGGAGAGCGGCAGAGGUGACGAGCCAGCUGAAGGCCCGAAUUGAACAGAUGAAGGCUAAGCAAGCAUACGCUCGACCUUGAGGAGGAGGAGGCGAUGAUUCUCAAUCAUAGCGAGGCACCUGGUGGGAUUUUGUGCGUCUGGACGCGUGUUGUGUGACUAUUGUUUGUCGGCUACUUGGUUGCAACGAGACGGCGUAUCUAGGGUCCGGUCCUAGUUCUGGGUGCAUUUUCACGGCGUUGAGCUC